UAAAUAUGGAACGCACAAAUGUAGUAGGGUAAAAGUGCUUGGAUUGCAAUCAAAUGAAAUACUUUACGCCCAAGGAAUUGAUCAUUUAAUCAAACGAAGUCCAUAAAUGUUUCCUAAUAAAUUUAAUCAAGCUUAGUUUUCCAAAUAUUCACAGUGAUCCAGAAGAAACCCGAUAUGGCGAUAAUGACAGUCCCUGCUUCCUCCAUCGCCGCCGUAAGGAAGAAUCCCGCUAACCGCUUACAUCCAGCCCCUCCUGCGCUGACCGAGGUCUUCGGAGUGCUACGACCCCGCCGAGUUUUCGCCCGAAGAUCGUGGCCGAGAGGAAUUACUCCGGUGAAGAAACCGUCGAGGAAUGUUAUCUCUUCCACUCACUCUGCCUCGGUUUCGUUCUCGGAGGACUGCCGUAAGGAAUUCGACUCCGAUUGCGAGAGUUCAUGUUCUUCGACUGCAUCUUCCAGCCAUCCUACUAAUCCUCGUCCUGAUGAAGAUGAUGAUAUUGGGAAGAAGGAUGUCCCAAUGUGGAAGUUUGUCCCUAAAUCCUCGACUAGUUUUAUUCUUGUCAGAGUUCCGAAUUAGUUUCUUGGUUGUAAUUAAAAUUCUUAGUUCAUACUCCCAUGGUCCGAUUUUUGUGUAGCUGACUUUAGAUUAGUCGUUUAUGAGGUUUGGCUUAUGCUUGAAUUCGGGUAUGCCCACAUGAUUAAACGCGACCUGGGUUCUUGUUUAGAUUAUCGAUAUUCGUUUGUAUAUUUCCGGAUUUAUGUUUGAUAAUAUUAAAUGAGAAGUUUCUGUUCAAU